AAGUAAGUAAUCUAGGAGGCCAGCCAAUAACACUCACUGUUUCAUCACUUCAGGAAUAAGGCUAGCCUCAAACAUUGUCUCUGAAAUUUUACCCUCAAAACAAAUAUUAAAAAAAUUUCAAAAUGUCUUCAUCGACGUCUUCGGAUAAGCCGACAACAAGCUCUGCCGUGGUUAAGUCCAAGGGAAGCAUUGAAGCCCUCGAGGAGAUCGACAACCGCCUGCAGGUCCUCUUGGAGCGCCUAUCAACUUUGGAGAAGUCAAUGGCUAACUUGAGUGUACAUCCCGCGGACGAAGACGAUGGCGACGACUAUCAGGACUUGAAGACCUUGGAGGAUGAGUUGGACGAACAGGAGAAAGAUAUUGGAGCUGUUGGUGAAAUUAUAGAACUCGAUAAGGAAGCCACGGAAAAUAAUUGAUGUGAUUGUUUUGCAUUACAUAAUUGUGCUUCAUGCUGCAGUUUUCUAUACAUUAUGCAUAUCCAUGAAAGUUAAUAUGAAUGGUACAAAAUAAAAAACCGUGCCGAAA